AUGGCUAUUUCAAAAUCAGCAUUCAAGCAACAGCAGGUCGACAAUACGAGAUAUGGAAAGAUUGUGAGAGUUCACGGACGCCACAUUGUCCGAUCCAUGGCAAGAAAAGACCGUCGCAGCAAUGUUUACACUUUGAAAGGUCCGAGAGACAGGAGGUUCCGGCUGUCACCUCAUACUGCUAUACAGUUCUAUGAUGUUCAAGACCGCCUUGGCCAUGACCGCCCAAGUAAAGCCAUUGAUUGGCUCAUUGAGAAGUCCAAAGCAGCAAUUGAAGCACUCUCUGGGUCUGAACAACCUUGCCAAUAUUACUAUGAUUGCACUAAUAGUAAUGUUUUAGGUCAGCAGACUGAGCAAGAAAUUGGAGAACAAAGCAAGCAUCAGUUUUGGAAUCACCCGGAAAGCAAUAGGGAGCUGGGAACAAUGAGCAAUGGGAGUCCCAUGAACAAUGUCAACAAUUUUAAAGAACCGGUUUUCGAUCCUCACCAAUUAAGUUCAUUGAACUAUGCUGAACAAGCCCUCGAUCCCACAUCAAGUUUAUCGGAUUCCAAAGUCACGGAGAUGGGAUGGUUUCAAAGUUUGGUGGCUUGGAAUUAUAAUGCAGGUGAUGGAGGAAAAAUUUGUCCUUACAAUUCAUCGCAUGUAUCUCUUCAAUAG